UGGAUCGCUCUCUUCCUACAGUAAGGGAUCUUUACCACAUGGAUAAACAUGUCGCGUUGGGAACAUGGGAUGAACGGGAGAAAAGGUAUAGCUCAACUUGGAGAGAGUUAGAAGCAGUCAAAAGGGUGUUGUUGGCUAAGGUCGAUAUGGUCAAAGGUAAGCAGGUAAAACUGUUAACAGAUAACAGAAACGUUUGUUCCAUAGUGAAAACUGGUAGCAGGAAGCCAGACCUACAGAGGGUCGCACGUGAGAUUAACGAGGUGUUGGAUUAUAAUAACACGGGCGUUAGUACACAGUGGCUACCAAGGAUUAGUAACAGUACCGCCGAUUACUUGAGUAGAUGUAAAGACUGUGACGAUUGGUCGGUGCAGUCAUGGGUUUUUGAGGAGUGUCAGUUAUUAUGGGGUCCACAUCAAAUCGACCGGUUCGCGACAGAUUAUAACAGCAAAUGUGUGCGUUUUAAUUCCAAGUGGUGGUGCCCGGGUACAGAGGCAGUCGAUGCUUUCACGGUAAGAUGGCAGGGAGUCAACAACUGGUUAGUACCUCCCCCUAGACUCGUUUGCGGUGUGGUUAGCAAAAUGAGGGACGAAGGAGCUUAUGGGACCAUAAUUGUCCCCCAUUGGAGGAGCGCGGCAUACUGGCACUUAUUGUGUCCUAAGGAUGGGGCUUUCGAUUCUUUCAUAGUAGAUUAUCGUAUACUGCCCAGUAGAAAAGUCACACUGAGGGGGAGGGGGAACAAUGGAUGUUUCGGAGCCAGUAUUUUGGGUUUCGACAUGUUGGCCCUCCGGUUAGACUUUAGACAUUGAAAACUUACACAUGUUCAUACCAUACUGAGCAUUGUUUUACUGUGUUUAUUGUUACAGGCAUAGGACUGAGGAAGUCGAUCAGCGAUGCCGUCAAAGCUUCUGGGGUAACGGAGGGUUCCGAUCUGCACGCUCUGACCGAGGGUAUGGCUGGCAGACUUUUACUAAGCAGGAGUGUCAACACAGGCACCAAGUACUAUGGAGCUUUCGCGAAAUGGGAACAUUUCAUUUCCGGACAUGGUUUUUCGUCUAUCCCGGCAAAUCCCAUACACGUGGCAUUAUAUUUAAAUUCUUUAUUGGAAAAGGGAGGGACUUACGCAGUGGUGUCGUCUGCAGUAUAUGCUAUCAAAUGGGUGCACAAUCUUAACGGACACAUCGACCCUACAACAAACUCAUUCGUACAGAACUUAAUUGAAUUUUCCAAACGAGAGGCUAAAAAUCCUGUUUGCAAAAAGGAACCGGUCACGACUGACAUUUUGAUCAAUUUGUGUGGAAUGUUUUUGAAUGAGAAUGACUUGUUGGUAGUGAGAGAUCUUGCCAUGAUUUUGUUAGGGUUUUCCGGUUUUUUACGUUUUAACGAGCUCAGUAGUUUGCGUUGCUCUGAUGUUCAGUUUUUCGAGGGGCAUUUAACGCUCAAUAUCAGGAAAAGUAAAACAGACAAAUAUCGCUUUGGUAGUCAAGUGGUCAUCAGUAAAGGUUCGACUGUAGCUUGUCCGUACACCAUGUUAUCAAGGUAUGUUGAGUUAUCAAAAAUUGACUUAAGUUCGGAUCAUUUUUUGUUUAAGCAAGUUUAUCGUUCCGGUCAGGGUUGUAAGCUUAUUAACAAAAAUAAGCCACUUAGUUACACAGGGGCUAGGCAAGCUGUCAUGAAAAGGUUGAAACUAGUUUCCAAUGAUACAAAUUUUGGUUUACACUCGCUCAGAGCAGGGGGCGCCACAGUGGCCGCCAACAACGGAGUGAACGAUCGAUGUUUCAGGAGGCAUGGCCGCUGGAAAGGCGAAUCUAGCAAGGAUGGUUAUGUCGCUGACUCUUUGGAGUCUCGUUUACUGGUAACACAGAAGUUAGGUUUGUAAUUAAUAUGGUUAUUUGAUCAAUUAUUCAAAGGCGGUUAGGUAUUCCCCAACCACAACCCCCUUGCCCUUUCUUUGUUAAUUCUCUAAUUCGUGACGGGCUAGUACGGCAAAUGAGUAUUUGCGGGUUUGAGUUUUCUUUUCGGGCACGAAGUGGAGAGAAGACUUAAAUAUUCCCGCGUUUCGGUAGUAUAGCGGGAAUAGUUCGUCUUCUCAGGCACGUAGAGCACGUGCGUAUGCCCAGGUAAGGGUGGGUGCGCGGGUGAAUAGUCAUUCUCUAGCUCUCCGUCUAGCAGUGCAGUCCAGUUAAUUUAGUUAGUUAGUGUGCCUAUCAGUAUUAUUAUAUGUAGUUGGUUUGCUCCGUUUUCUAGUCUUGCUAUUUUAUGCUUGCAUUCCUGGCGAGGAAAUCUGGAAGUCUGGGUAUGCUUAGUGGGAGUGUGAUUGGCUGAUAUUGUGUUAGUGGCGCUCCGGUAGAACGAUUGUUUUUAUUAUUUUUUUUUUUUUUUUUUUCGACACCGGUCCUUGUGUCGGCCCGGAGAACGUAUUGCAAUUGGAGGUAAUCGAUUCCAGCCCCGUUGGACACAGGUUUCCGGGGAUUAUCUCCGGUUUUUCCUGGGCGCGCGAUACAUUCUGUGAUGGGAGGUGAGUAUGGAGUGUCUAGGACGCUCUCGUGGGUGAGGAGUGUGUGCGUUAGGGACGUUUGCGUCACGUCUGUCGGAGUGAGAUUCGUACGUACAAUGUAUUUUCUACACCAUGUAUUAUUAAACGCCUACUGCACUAAUUCGUGACGGGCUAGUACGGCAAAUGAG